UUUUCCCUCACUAAAAUAUUUUUUAAUCAAAUCUUAACGGAUUUAAAAACGAUUUGGUUCAUAACAAACCUUAUUGACGUCGCUGUGAAUUGGACUGCGUAAUGGGUAUUAAGAUGUAAAGUAAGUGUGUGGUUAAUUGACUGCAUCUCUGACGUUUAUGAAAAUUCAAGUCGUUCGAAUUUUAAAAAUGCAGUACGUACAGUAUUCCAAAAUUCACAUUUUUUACUUUCCACCUGAAUGCAACUCUAAUCACGUGACACUGUGACAUAGCCAGCAACAUGGCGACCUCCAGGGAAAAUGAUAACGCUUCAUUAAGGAAAAGACACCUUCAAGGUGCUUUAACGGACGCAAAAUGUACAGACAAUAGCAAUAGCCGCAAAAAAGAUGCAGCGAACCGUGUCGACGGCACCAAGAAAGAAAAGGUUCACUCCUUAAAAACUGGGACUUUCUGGCUCACGCGUAUUGUGCUCCUGCGCUCGGUUGCCUUUAUUUACUUCGUGGCCUUCAGUGUCGCUUACAACCAGAAUAAACAGCUGAUUGGCGAAAACGGCCUAAUGCCCUGCGAGAGCUACCUCAAUAGCGUCAAGCGCUACGUGGGAGGAAAGAUAGGCAUGGCUGCUUUGGCGUACGCUCCCUCCAUCCUUUGGUUCUUGGACUGGAGCAACAUGGAUGCCAACCUAGAUGGCAUCGCCUUGUUGGGGAUGGCCCUCUCUGGUUUUGUUCUGGUGACAGGAAUGGCAAAUAUGGUGAUCAUGGUGUCCUUGUGGGUGCUCUACCACUCCUUGGUCAAUGUGGGACAGCUGUGGUACUCCUUUGGCUGGGAGAGUCAGCUUUUGGAAACGGGGUUCCUGGCUAUUUUCCUGUGUCCGCUGUGGACUCUGUCCCAAGUGGCUCGCCGUUGUCCCCCCUCCCUCAUCUGCAUCUGGGCUUUCAGGUGGCUUAUAGUGCGAAUCAUGCUUGGAGCCGGCCUGAUUAAAAUCCGAGGAGACAAAUGUUGGAGAGACCUCACCUGCAUGGAUUAUCACUAUGAGACCCAACCUGUUCCAAACCCCAUGGCUUACUACAUGCAUCGCUCCCCUUGGUGGUUCCAUCGCUUCGAGACUCUGUCCAACCACUUUAUCGAACUGAUAGUCCCCUUUUUCACCUUCCUGGGCAGGCGAAUGUGCAUUGUCAAUGGCGCGCUCCAGAUCCUGUUUCAGACGGCUCUGAUUGUGAGUGGGAACCUCAGUUUCCUCAACUGGUUGACCAUUGUUCCCAGUUUGGCCUGUUUUGACGACGCGUCACUGGGAUUCUUGUUUCGGUCUGGAAGUGGAGCCAAGAAAACAGUAGUGAAGAUUCAACACGAGGAAAAAAGUGGGCGGAUCCCAGAACCCACUAGAGGAAUGCGGAUUCGUAAAGUGGUCAAUGUGUCAUUGGGCGUUCUGAUCGGCUGUCUCAGUGUUCCGGUGCUCUUGAACCUAUUCAGUCCCAGACAGGUGAUGAAUACCUCAUUUGACCCACUGCGCAUCGUAAACACCUAUGGGGCCUUUGGCAGUAUUACCAAGGAGCGCACAGAGGUGAUUUUCCAAGGCACUCUUAGUGAGGAUCCCAAAGACCCAAAGGCCGUUUGGGAGGAAUAUCAGUUCCUUUGUAAGCCGGGAGAUCCGUAUCGACGGCCGUGUCUCAUUUCCCCGUACCAUUACCGUCUGGAUUGGCUCAUGUGGUUCGCAGCCUUUCAGACAUAUGAGCAAAGUGAGUGGGUCAUUCACAUUGCAGGACGUCUGUUAGCUAAUGAUAGCACAGUCCUGUCGCUGAUGGACCACAACCCCUUCGAGGACAGAGGCAGCCCCAAGUGGGUUCGAGGGGAACAUUACAGAUAUAAGUUCAGCCAACCGGGCAGCGCCAGUGCAGCUGAGGGUAAGUGGUGGCUGAGAAAACGCAUCGGCGCCUACUUCCCUGCCGUGAACCUGGAAGCACUCAAGGGGUAUUUCCAGUCCCGAGACUGGCCCCACCCACAUAUACCAACACAGAAGCAUUGACUGUGAACAAUAGAGGAUAACAGAGUUCUUCAUCACGAGAGAAAAAGAACACGGAUUCGGUUGUGCAUCUGAAUGUAAACGGGACAAGCAACUGCUACAGUACACUGCUGGCCAAAAGUAUUGGCACCCCUGCAAUUCUGCCAGAUAAUGCUCAAUUUCCCCCAGAAAAUGAUUGCAAUUACAAAUGCUCUGGUAGUAAUAUCUUCAUUUAUUUUGCUGGCAAUGAAAAAACACAAAAGAGAAUGGAGAAAAAAAAAUCGAAUUCUUAUCAUUUUACACAAAACUCCAAAAAUGGGCCUGCCAAAAGUAUUGGCACCCUCAGCCAAAUACUUGGUAGCACAACCUUUAAACUGCGAACAACCAAUUCCAAUAUCUAUCAAUGAGUUUCUUACAAUGCCCUUCUGGAAUUUUAGACCAUUCUUCUUUGGCCAACUGCUCCAGGUCUCUGAGAUUUCAAGGGUGUCUUCUCCAAACUGCCAUUUUCGGAUCUCUCCACAGAUUUCAGGUCUGGACUCAUUGCUGGCCACUGUAGAAGUUUCCAGUGCUUUCUCUUAAACCAUUAUUUAGUGCUUUUUGAAGUGUGUUCUGGGUCAUUGUCCUGCUGGAACACCCAUGACCUCUGAGGGAGACCCAGCUUUCUCACACUGGGCCCUACAUUAUGCUGCAAAACUUGUUGGAAGUCUUCAGACUUCAAAAUGCCAUGCGCAUGGUUAAACAGUCCAGUGCCAGAUGUAGCAAAGCAACCCCAAAACAUCAGAGAACCUCUGCUAUGUUUGACUGUGGAGACUGUGUUUUCUUUGAAGGCCUGGUUUUUUCCCCCUGUAAACUCUAUUUUGAUGCCUUUUACUUUUCUCAUCUGACCAGAGGUCUUCCUGAGUACAGAGUCCCUUUUCAUUCAGACACCGAUGGAUAGUACGUGUUGACACCGUUGUACUACCCUCGGACUGCGGACAGCUUGAACUUGUUUGGAUGUUAGUCGAGGUUCUUUAUCCACCAUCCGCAUAAUCUUUCGUUGAAAUCUCUUGUCAAUUUUUCUUUUCCGUCCACAUCUAGGGAGGUUAGCCACAAUGCCGCGGGCUUUACACUUAUUGAUGACACUGCGCACGGUAGACACAGGAACAUUCAGGUCUUUGGAGAUGGACUUGUAGCCUUUAGAUUGCCCAUCCUUCCUCACAGUUUUGCUUCUCAAGUCCUCAGACAGUUCUUUGGUCUUCUUUCUUUUCUCCAUGCUCAAUGUGGUACACACAAGGACAUAGGACAGGGGUUGAGUCAACUUUAAUCCAUUAUAACUGGCUGCACGUGUGAUUUAGUGAUUGUCAACACCUGUUAUGUGCCACAAGUAAGUAACAAGUUUUGUUAAUUGCACAAAUUAGAGAAGCAUCACAUGAUUUUUCAAAGGGUACCACUAUUUUUUUGUCCGGCCCAUUUGUGGAGUUUUGUGUAAAAUGAUAACGAUUGAAUUUUUUUCCCCAUUCUCUUUUGUGUUUUUUCAAUUGCGAGCAAAAUAAAUGAAGAUAUUACUACCAAAGCAUUUGUAAUUGUAAGCAUUUUCUGGGAGAAAUUGAGCAUUAUGUCAGAAUUGCAGGGGUGCCAAUACUUUUGGCCAGCACUGUAUAUUAUCGUCACUGUACGAAUUUUUGAAAUAUAUACGGUAUAUACACAGGGCUUAAAGUCCGUCCUGAACAUUUCCUAUGAGCUAUUUAUUAGAUCAAUAUACAGAUUUGCCAAAAUAGGAAACUGUGCUGCCCCACAGCCAUUUAAAUUGUCAAAUGCAUUUUAUUGAUAAUAGAAAAAAACAACAACAAUUGGCUGUUAUUCAAGGCUUAAAAAAAACGUUUUGAUUUUUUUUUUAAAGUGUUUUUAAUACAUCAUAGCCAUGAUGAAACUAGUCUGACUAGUUUUGUGCUUGUUUUUACUGUAAUAAUGUGCAUAAUGAAAUUGCAUUGUCCCCUUUCAAAUAAAGUUUUGUGAACGUCUUACCGGUGUAACUCGGUUUAAUGUACAGCACAUCAUUUCUUCAUUCAUUGAGAAGAUAAGUGACUGACUGCCUGUAUCAAGUUUUGAUUGGGAUUGUCUCUUCGAGAAUAAGAUUAACAUGCCAGAUAAAUUUGCGUGAAAGCAGGGAGCUUGUUUAGGAAGCUGUAGUAAUAACAAAUUAGCAAUAAGCGAUGCUAAAGGAUUGCUUGUAUUUAGUUUUUUUUUUUGUGUGUGUGUGUUAUAUAGUGCUUUAAAACAAAAUGUAGGCGAUCUUAUGCUCUUAUCAUUUUUUCCCCCUGCUA